AUGGGUGGCAUGGGAGGAUUUGGUGGUGGAGUACAAGAAAUGGCUUCAGAUUGGGCCAUUAAUCGUUUCGUUCCAGGAGGAUUACAUAGUCCAAUGGGCAUGAUGCUUGAUAACAUGAUUGGUGGAAAUCCAAAUGGAGGAAUGCAAGGUGGAUUUGGAGGAGGAAUGCCAGGAGGAUUUGGUGGAAUGCAAGGUGGUUAUUAUUAA